GAUUUGAAACCUAUCAAUGAUGACGCUGACUAUGAAGUCAAUAUAAAGUCGAAAAUAGGUGUUCAUGUUCGAGUAUUUCCAAUUGCUAACAUAGGACCUCUUAGAUUUGAAAGUUAAAUAUCUUAAUUUAGUUACCAUUCAAUCUAUAUAAUGCUAAUCAAUUAUUUUAAAAUAAGUAAAAUAAGUCAUUGCUAGAUAAAACUUUAAAGAUGAUUUUUUCAUUAAAUGAACUUGUUCACUGGCUAGGACUAACAAUCUUUGAAAUAUGGAUAAAUUUGGUGUCUUUAACCAUCUUCACAAUUCUACUUGCGUUAAAGUUAGAUGAUGGUUACUUUAUGGCAAGCAGUGGCUGGUGGUUAGUUUUUUCUCCUUUAUUUGUUGCUGAUGGCUUGAACACUUACUUCUGUGCAAUCAUUUUCAUAAGAAUGCACAUGGAAGGAAUGAUAAAAGUUGGAAUACUGAGAGCGCUGUGGAGUUUUAUAUCAGUGCUUUUGGUUUUUGUGUUCAAGUAUCUUUUGUGUAAGAAGUUAUCUGGACAGAGUACUCUAGAAUACUCAGAAGUGCUUAGUCCAGUAUUCAUUCUUCUACAGUUAAUUGCUAUUCGAGCCUGCCAGCUUCAUUGACCCCGUCUGGUCACUAAGAACAAUGUGUGUGAAGAAAGUGUACUUCCAUGCCAACCUGUAGCCCUAUACAUGGAAACUGAAUUUAUUUGUAAUAUAAGGUGACAAAAGUCGUGAAAAUCAUUUACGAAGCUCAAACACUUGUACAGAAUCAACAAUCUAUUAACUGAUUAACAUUUAUUGUUAUGAAUUAUUUUUAUUAUUAAAAUUAAAAAUUAAAAAGUAAUUUUGUAUAACUCUACCCAGAAGUAAAAAAAAUGAUUUGUACAGUUAUAUUUAUUUUUAAUCUAAAAUUUAAUUACAUUUCGUUGAAUUUCAUACUGAAUUUAAGUAGACCAUAAAACAUUUACAUCUAUUGCUGCAUUAAAUUUAUUCAAUUGUAAAAUACGAGUAUGAUAUAUUAUGGUAGAUUAUUAGGUGCGAAGAACGUUGAUGUAAAUUAAAAAACGUUAUGAUACAUUUUCAAUUUGUUUUGUAAGCCGAUCAAUAUUGAUCCACGUAUUUAUAUUGAUUCAUGAACAAAGUGUUCACCGAUAGAUGAAAUAAAACUUUGUUUAAGCAAAAUCAA